GCCCUACACAAUUUUGACAAGGGAGAAUGGAACCUUCCGGCUCUGGGGAUCUGGGCCACCUAUCCCUUCGAAGCCGUCUCCAAUGCCAACUCCUUCUUCGAUCAGGUCGUGGGAACCUGGAUCCUCCUCCUGAGCAUCUGCGCCAUCACGGACGAGCGCAACAUGUCGGUCCACAAGAUGCUCAUCCCCAUCUACGUCGGCUUCACCGUGAUGGCCAUCGGGAUGGCCCUCGCCUUCAACUGCGGCUAUGCCAUCAACCCCGCCCGAGACCUUGGACCGCGGCUCUUCACUCUCUUCGCCUCCCUGGGGACCGCGAACAAGGGCCUGCCAUUCACUGCGAACAACUACUUCUUCUGGAUCCCGAUCGUCGCCCCGAUCGUGGGAGGGAUCCUGGGAGCCUGGUCCUAUCAACUCAUGGUCGGUUUUCACGUGGCCCCCGCCCCCGGGGCCCCGGUCAUGGAGAUGGCCGAGAAGGGCCAGUUCCUCCCGAAGGACACGCUGGACGCGGAGACAGAUCGAUCGGUAAAGACGGACAGCCCUGUUAAGCUACAGGUUAACGGGAACGUAACCAAGUUGGAGCUCGAGGAUUCCACGAGCAAAUUAUCCAAAUACGCCAUGGAGGAAUUGGAGGAGGAAUUGGAGACCCUGCCCGAGACCUCGGACCGGCUUUUGACCCUAUCCGCGGGAAAUCAGAGGUCGGUCUCGGUCGACCUCGCCUCGCUCUACGACCUCCCGCUCCCGGAUGGGAGCACGGAGAGGAACGCCGGGUCCGCGAAGCUCUUCGGCUCGUGGCGCGGGUCGGCCAACAGGGUACAUGCUCAAGCCGACCCGAAGAAGAGGAAGAGGGGGGACGUCGAGUCAACGAACAGGCAGAGAUGUGAGGUCGAGUCUGCCUUGAUGCACCAUAGAUGCACAAUCGAUGCACCAUAGAUGCACAAAUGAUGCACCAUAGAUGCACAAUAGAUGCACAUUAGAUGCACAUUAGAUGCAAUCGUACCGUCACAACGGGUCUUUUAUUUGGAGCACAUGUCACUUGGACUUGGCAUUCGCCACCUGCACUUGGCACAUGCCACCUGCACUCGGAGCAUUAUGCUCGCUGACGACACUUUAUUGAGUUCUCCUGCACGAGGUCACUUCCUGGAUGGUAUUUAUUUUUUCACGGAUGCGAGGAUAAUCUGGGAGUGUGUUUAGUGUAGAUGCUGUAUCUGUUCGGUCGCGGGUUGACAGAGAUAAGUGGGGGACAUUAACGUGUCAGGCGGCUCAGGGACGAGAGGGAGGAAAAGAAAAAGCUGAAUUAUGAGCCGUGGCGGUGUCGCGCUUCCCUCUUGGAUUCCUGGAACGAAAGUUGUUAAGAUUUAAAAAUAAGUGCAUGGGGAAAAAUUGUCUUGUUUUCUGGCAAGACAGACUCGGGUUGACGUGUCUCUGAGCUCGCCCUCAUUUGCCGCUCAUCGACCGGCUC